CACGUCUCCCUUAUUUUAUAGUUUGGACCUAUGACGGUGGAGAUUAAAGCCGCCAAAAGCAAGACCCAGGAGGAAACGGAGCGAGUCCCCAAAGCUCCCAGCUUGAUGGAAAUCCAGUCUGUGGAUCCACUGCAACAAGGACAGGCGCUACAGGCGGCGAGCAAGAGGAGGAAGAAGCUGCAGAAAAGAGCAAAUAAAAUCGCCAUCAAGUUGUCGGACACAUUAACACAAGCAAUGAAUUUCGGAUUUGGCGAUGACUGAAUCUCCAGGGGUUAUUUGGCCGCCCUGACACCCAGCAGAUUAACACUCGGUGAUGAGGACACUAAGACCAUUAAAAUCCGAUUCUCCUGCAGAGGGUGUAUGAGUGAUGGUGUCUGACUGCUCAGAUGGAAACUACAAGUCUCCCAUUCGGCUUUAUAAAGCUACAGGGGCAAUUUGCGUCACAGUCCAGUCUCCAAACCCUAUGAACAAGGAGUUUGAGCUCUUAAAGUUGGCACGUAUAUGGCGGUAGCAUUCCCACUGAAUGUCAAAUAUAUUCACACAGCUCAAUUCCUAAGUCAGGUCGGUGUACUUUACUGUAUAGAAAAGCAGGAACUGUUCUUCAGGGCAGAGGCCUCCCACAAUAAAAGCAGUAAAUGUAUUCCUGUAAAUGGGGUUGUUUCUGCUGCAGGUGGAGGGAUUUCUGCAGCCCCCUUGUUGGCAGCGGAUUAAUCAGGUCUCCAUCAGGCGCAGCAGGGUUUAUUCAGAAAUAACAGCACAACAUAUGGAUAUAACUUCCAGGAGGAUCAAACAUAGCGGUGAGGUGCACCUGCCGGACCAUAAAAACGUGUAUUGGCGGUGACUCCCUUUUUAAAGGGGUUGUGUCAUUUCGGCAAAUAGCAUUUAUCAUGUAGAGAAAGUUAAUACAAG